UGGGGGGAAUGGGGAUGAGGGAGGAGAGGUUGACUCCCCGUCAACUGUCAGUACUGAAUAUGCACUGUUUUUCUAAAUCAUUUUACCUUUGAAGAUAUUAUAAUAUUUAUUUUUUGAAAAUGAAGUCACGAGUGGCAGCCAACAGCAGAGGGUGACAACUAUCCAGUGAGUUUGACAAUCUAAAAGUUUAUAAAGUCUAAGCUUGGCAUCACAAACACAAGCUCCUUUUUUCAUUUCACGGUGAUAGAUGGUCUUUUUCCUUCUAUAUUUCAGGUAGUUCAGCAAAUGGCAUUGGUGGAUCAGAUAAUAAAAACGACUCCUUCUGAAUUGGACAAAUAUGUCAGAUGGGAAGUUCUACAUGAAACGCUGGUGGAGGCGCAAUCUGAUGCUCUUGCUUUACUGUCUGGUACCAGUGGAGGACAACCUUUACCUCAAAGUCUGCAAGAGCCGGCUUUCCCAGACCAAUACCAAGAUAGUGCCAAUCUGGCUAUCCCACCUCUAGGGGGCACAGGCCCUGCCCUGGGGAGCACAGUCUUCGCCCCCGGGGACACAAGCCCCACCACUGGGGGCACAAGCCCCACCACUGGGGGCACAGGCCUCACCCCUGAGGGCACAGGGUAUGCCCUUGGGGUCGCAGGUCCACCUCCUGGCCAGGAGGCCUCACCUUCAGGCCACAAGAUCUCAUCACCCUUUGCUGAGUCCCCGUCUUCGCCUGAGCGAUUGCCGUCCACAUCUCCCUCAGAAUCUAUUCCUCAAGUAUCUUCAGCAUUGGAGAGUUCCUUACAAACCAGGGUUAGUGCUCCUGAAGUGACGAGUGCUUCUCCUGAAAACAUUGCCAGUUUCAGUGAACGUGCAGCACAGCAGUUUCCAGAAGCAGUGACAGCUCUGCGACGAAUUGGAAUUACAUCUGAUGAGCAUCAAAUGCUGACACAGCGCGUUGCUGACAUUGAGAAGAACUUGGGAAAUGUAGAUGUGAUGAACCUAAAGGCAAUGCUUAAGGAAUAUAGACAGCAGAAGGAGAGAGAACUGAAAGAGAAACAUCAGAAAUACAGGAUAGAAAUGGGGAAAAAACAAGGAAGAGCAAGAGAUCAAAAAGGAGGACAAGAAAGAGAAAGUGAGAGGGCAGGAAGACGAGCGAGAGGAAAAGCAGGAGCACAAGAAGGAAGAGAGGGAGAAGAAAGUGAAGACGAAGAUGAAGAAGGGGAAACAGACAGAAUGAGGGAUGACAUCCUGGAUGGAAAGUCUACUGAUGAUGUGAAGACACAGAUAGCACACCUCAGGGUCACGGUUAAACAUAUCGCAGAUGAAUUAAAUGGAUUGAGGAAAAUGCAGGAACAAGAGACGGCAUCCGGGGCUGUCUUACAACAGCAGAUGGACAAGCUGGGCCCUGUGCUGGAGAAGAUCAUGGGCUCAUCAUGUGCACUUCUGGGCAUGAGCCUGGGCUUUGAAACUGAUGGCACGUGUCCUGUCUGCAGUCUGGAUGUCAGUAAAGAUGCCAGUAACUUGUGUCAACGCUUCCAGGCACUGCAGGAGACAGUGAACUCAAUAAUGGACAAUCAAGGAGAUGGUGUACAGGACCUGGGACUGCGGAGUCGGGUUCAGAAUUCUAUUCUGGAGCUGUACGGAGAGUGUGAGAAGCUGAACCAGAUGGCAGGACAACUGUUGGAGGAUGACCAGCAGCAGCAGAAGAAAAUUGAGCAUUUGUUCGAGACAGUGGGCCGCCUGGAGGAGAGGAAAGUGGAUAGAGAUGAAGGGAGCACCGAGACCCGUGUGAGCCGGGCACAGUUUGAUGCAGUGACAGAUCAGAUGAACAGGAUGAUCCAGGGACUGCUGCACAAGAUCUGCUCCCAGGAGAAGGACUGGGGAAAGAUUCUAGAAAAACUCUCCUCCGAGAUGGAGCGCAAGCUGGACCGCAUUGAGCUGGAUCCCCUGAAGAAACAACUGGAAAACCGCUGGAAAUCCAUCCACCGACAACUACAGCGGCGCGGAACGGACAGCGAGGCCGCCGCAGGCCUCAAGAGGCAGCUCAUCAACCACUUCCACUGUUUGUCCUGUGACCGUCCGCUCGAUCUAAAGUCUCAAUGUGCCACGAGCCCCACCUCAAUGCCAAUCCCUGUGACCCCAGGGCAGUGUUACCGCUCACAGAGGCUGAGCGGCCCGUUUGAGAUGCAAUACGGCAGACACCGGCAACGCAGCGAGCGCAUUGCUGAUCUGAUGGAGAAUUUCCCCCCCUCGGCGCGAAGCUGUGGGGGGAGCCACACCCUGACCUAUGCCCAUGGGCGGCGCUGCACACGCCAACACCAGCACCAGCUCAGCAACUCGCAGGAGGAGGAGUGUGAUGACACCGGCAGUGAGGCAUCUGGACCGCGAAAUCGUCAGAACUGCAAACUGCCCUCCAUCGCGGGGAAGGACGUGAACAAGGGGAGAGGGUAUCGAUCCCAGAAAUACCCGGGUCCUCAGCCCCCGAGGAGCUCACAGAGUGGCCGUAUCCCCACCAUCCCACAACAAGGAGUCGUGUCAAACGAGCAAUGCAGUUCUUCACAGGAGCACUGUGUGGGGAGCCAGGCCCCCCCACUGCUGGCCUGUCCCCCCGACAACCCCCUCCCUGCAGGCACCGAGACCCUGGACAUCCACAUGGACAUCGCUGCGCCUCCACCUGAAGAGCCCAUUAAGACUUGAAUCUUCCCAAUUAUUAAUAUAACUGGAAUUGUCUUUAACGAGUCCAUCCGUGUGGAAGUGCCUGUAGGUGGGGGGAGGGGUCAGCGGCCAACAUAGAUACACGUGUGAAUGA